CUCCUCAAUAUCAUGAAGAGGUAAAUCUGAUCCUCAGAGGGUAUAUUAUAUAAACUCCACCCAAGAAUGAAUGGUCUCAAUAUCCUCAGUACCAUUUUCAAAUCAACUUCAAACUCUGAGUGCUAGCUUCAGUUUGUGUGAGAAAUUAGAAACAUGGAAGGCAAAGGUUUCACAGAAGAGCAGGAAGCACUGGUGGUGAAGUCCUGGGCUGUAAUGAAGAAGAAUUCUGCUGAAUUGGGUCUUCAGUUCUUCUUGAAGAUCUUUGAAAUUGCCCCAUCAGCUCAGAAGCUGUUUUCAUUCUUGAAGGACUCUGAUAUUCCUCUGGAGAAGAACCCCAAGCUCAAGCCGCAUGCUAUGUCUGUCUUUGUUAUGACUUGUGAAUCGGCGGUUCAACUCCGUAAAGCAGGCAAAGUUACAGUGAGGGAAUCAACGUUGAAAAGGUUAGGUGGAGUCCAUUUCAAGGCCGGAGUAGUGGAUGAACAUUAUGAGGUGACCAAGUUUGCAUUGUUGGAAACCAUAAAAGAAGCAGUACCAGAGAUGUGGUCACCGGAGAUGAAGAGUGCAUGGGGAGAAGCUUAUGAUCAGUUGGUUGCUGCUAUCAAAUCGGAAAUGAAGCCCUCUGCUUAGACUAAUAGACUCGGAUCUUCUACAUAAGCUCUGAAAUUGUUUCUUUUCAUAAUUUAAUAAGAUGAAAACAGAGUAAUGUAAAGGUGUACCUCUUUUUAUAGCAACUGCUGCUAAUUUUGAGUUCAUCAGUCCUUGAUCAUGUUGAUUUUAAAGUAAAUUCGAUAUGAUUGAACAAA